AUGUUGGCUGGGCAGUCGGUGGUUAUAGGUGGUCUGGGCAGUGGGCUUAGUGAAGUUAGUUGCUAUGUUGCUGUUGGUGGGUAUGAUGUUUCAGUGCUACUAGGUAUGGUUUGGCAGUCCGUCUGUUGUUGCAGGCUGUGUGUCGAUGUUGAAGGUGAUGGAGACCAGCUUGAACAUGGCAUGUCCACUCAGAGGCUUGUUUUUUCCUUGGGUAAAUCUGCCACAGAAGCUGCACAUUGCUUCACAUUAUCUGAACUUGAAGACGCUACAAAGAAUUUUGAGAAGAAAAUUGGUUCAGGAGGUUUUGGGGUUGUAUACUAUGGAAAACUGAAAGAUGGAAAGGAAAUUGCAGUGAAAGUUCUGACCAGUAAUUCCUACCAGGGCAAGCGGGAAUUUUCUAAUGAGGUAACAUUCUUUACUAAUUUAUUGAGCCCCUCCAUUUUUUUUCCUGCUUCUUGUAUUUGUUGA